AGCAGCAGCAGCAGCAGCAGCACAUCUCACUGCAGAGGCCAAAUGAUGCAGCAUCGUCGUAACCAGAUGCUGAAUUUAAGCGUUAAAGUUCCUCGCAAUUUCCGGCUACUUGAAGAGCUGGAGGAAGGCCAGAAAGGUGUGGGAGACGGCACGGUGAGCUGGGGUUUGGAGGAUGAUGAGGACAUGACUCUUACACGAUGGAGAGGAGUGAUCCUCGGCCCUCCUCGGACAAGCUAUGAAAACAGGAUGUACAAUCUGAAGGUUGAAUGUGGGCCAGGAUACCCAGAGUCACCACCGUUUGUCAGAUUUGUGACAAAGAUAAACUUGAAUGGCGUGCACACCUCCAACGGUGUGGUUGACAUGCAUGCGGUGACUGCGCUGGCCAAGUGGCAGAACUCCUACAGUAUCCGGAUGGUGCUGCUGGAGCUGCGACGGCUCAUGACGUGCAAGGAGAACAUGAAGCUUCCUCAGCCACCGGAGGGCCAGAUCUACAGCAACUGAGCCCCUGCUACUUUUGCCUCCAUCUUUUCCUUCUCUCCCCCCUACCACCUCCACCCCACCUCACCCUUCCUCACUCUUCCCCUCUCCCUGAAUUUCUGUUUACCUUCAUCCCGUCAUCCUCAUCCACCGCCAUGCGACAUUCCAUUGGCUGAGCGAACACACACAAGUAGUAUACAACAACAAUUACAGACACACAUAAACACACACACACAUACACACAUACACAUAUCUACACACACAGUUAUUGAGCAUUUAUAGAAGUCAUUCCUGGCCCUCUUCCCCUCCCUCUCCCAUCACUGGAGCUCUGGGUGGACUCGAUGCGACGAGGCAGGCGGUGUCCUCAGUCUACACCAGAUGUGAUCAUUCGAAUACUGUACAUCUUACUAAUCUUUUUUUUAUUAUUUGUUAAAAAAUUGCAGAUUGUACAAUAACAUAAAUAAUCUUAUUGAGUGUA